GCGUCGGUAUCGCCUAGGUUACCAGUUAUAAGCAGACGUUUGGCAGUAGUUGUAUUUUUUAAGGAUAAGAUAUAGAUCAACAAAAACAAUCCCCAAAAAUGGAUCCUAGUAUGUUAACGUUAAAGACUAAUAACUGUGCUCUCGGAAUUAAUCAAUUGUACACCAUGAAAGAGCCAGCCAUGGAGUACUUAGGACACACACAAACCGCCACCUACAUGACCGGGCCUAGGAUGAACACUCACACCUCGUUCCUGCCGGCUAUCAGCACCAUGCAGUCUUCAUACAAAGCGUACGACACGUACCCUGCCCCCUCACCCCUUAGAAGGUCGCUCACCACUCUGCCGUGGAGGCCAGGCACGUACUACCAAACCGCGAGAGUGAACCCCAGUUCCGCCCUAACGAAAAGCAUGCCCGACCCUUUGUCGCACAGAACCACCCUGUCUGAGCUGGACGGCGUGCAAGUCCCGCCCGUGUUCGCGGCGGCCAGGAACGCGCUGUACACGCGCUACACGCCCAACGACUGGAUGUCGUCGAACCAGACCAACUACCUGUCGUCUGACAACGUGAGGAGCGGCGCCGAGCGCCUGCGGUUCGACACUGUGCGUCUGUGUCGCGAGACGGACGACAAGACGCGACGAGCGCAGUCCGACGUAGGCAAGAGGCUGGGCGAGCGGCUGGGAGACAUCCAGUUCUGGAAGACUGAGGUGAACCACGAGACCGACAACAUGAUCGCCGAGACGAACGCGCUGCAGGAGGCGAAGCGCGUGCUGGAGAAGGCGCUGCAGGAGACAGAGAACCCGCUGCACAUCAGCCAGGAGUGUCUGUACAACAGGGAGAAGAGACAGGCCAUCGACCUCGUGCACGACAACCCGGAGAGGGAGCUCAUCAGGGAAGUGGACAUCAUCAAGCGGUGUCAGGACAGGAUGAGGAACGUCAUUGACAAAUCCAACGUACAGCUCAGCUUAAACCGUGCUGCCCAGCACGAGCUAGAGGUGGACGAACGCGACAAGCACAUCGCCUUAGGUCUCGACACCCAGUGUCACGGGAUCAGGAACUCGUCCCAAGGGAUCGCCUACCAUAACGGGGUCGACCAGAUCGACAACACGGUGUCGGUGCCUGAGACGUGGGCGAAGUUCAGCAACGAUAACAUCCAGCGGUCCCAGAGCGAGCGCGCCGCCUCCAAGCAGAUGAGGAACGACAUCGAGAGCUGCCUCAACUCGUGCGCCAACGAGAUGUGGCAGGAGUGGAACUCCGUCAACGUGGCCUUGACCCAGAGGAUCCAGGAGUCCACCGACGCCAGGAACAAACUCCAGACGCAUCUGUCCAAGGUGCUGCAAGAGAUCUUUGACAUGGAGAAGAACAUCGCCCUGCUCAAGAAGUCGAUCCACGACAAGGAGGCGCCAAUGCAGGUGGCCCACACCAGACUGGACACCCGCACACGCAGGCCAAACGUCGAGCUGUGCCGAGAUCCAGUACAGCACAGGUUGGUGGAAGAGUGCGGAGAAAUCACAGAAACCGUGGAGUACCUCCAGGCUAAACUCCGCCAAUCGGAGAACGCGUUACAAGAACUGCUGCACACGAAAUCGUCCUUGGAACAGGAUCUGGCGAUCAAGAACAACAGCAUUUUCAUUGACCGGGAAAAGUGCAUGGGCAUGCGCAAAACCUUCCCAAUGUCACCACGAGUCGUGUCACUUGUGUAACGUGACCAAUCACAACAGACAAGAUGCUAUUUAAUUAUAAUUAUUAAAAAAACAAAACAGGGGAGAAUACAUUAUCGGUUUUGUUUUUCAUCUUGACAAUAAUAUAUUUACAGCAUUCCUAAGCAAACAGUAUUAUGCAUAAGCUGCUGGAGUGAUUUGGAAAUGUCUCAUAAAUAACCAGCAGUAUUCUGUCCAAAUCACCAAGAGUAGUUUGCAGUCGUUGCCCAGAUACAUUUAUAUGUGUUGUUUUCCUAUUCAGUCUUUAGUAUGUACAGAUCGUCUUUGUUUUAUGUCCCACAGUAUACGACACUAAGAAACGGUGCCACAAAAAGUCGAGUGCCAAGCAAAAUGGCUUUACAUUUACCUUUUCUUUUUGUUAAUAUAUAAAAUGUACCAAAAGCAUUUUUAUUAAUCGUCAUUAUUGUAACAUAACAUAAAAUUAAAUUGUACAAAAAUAUUUUGACCUCGUAUUUUAUACAAAUUUUGUUUCUAAAUACUGAAUAUUUCAAUUAGAAAUUUAGUGAUUGUUUAUUUGAAGUCAAGUCGGAUUUUAUAACUAAAUGUGCCGUUUUCUAGUUCCGUAUAGUAGAGUGUGCUUCUAAACCCAACUAUUAAUAUAUUUUUGAAUAUUUAAUAUAUUGCUGAAUAUAUUUGUUUUUGUUAGUGUACAUAAAAUGUUUAUUAUUAUGAUAUACGUGCUUGUAUAUUGAGCUCACAAACAAUCUGUGAUAAUUUUUCAUGUUUCGCACCUGCUUUUAGUGUUUGCACUUUGCGUUCAGCGUUUGUACUCUUAGGAAUAGCUUUACCUGUGACCACCUUUUACCACAUACACCAUUCUGAAAAGUAUUUUUACACAUUCUUUCUGUAAGAUACCAUCUUGCAAUAAACAUUUUCAAGCUGC